AUAUUAAAAUCAUAUGAUUAAAAUACGGUUAGACCAAUCUUAUGUUGUCAAAUCUGAUUUUUUUUUAUCAUAUGAUCAAAUGUUUAUAACACUUAAAUAAGGUGUUUCAAGAACUAAAUACUAGGUUUGAGAAUUUUAAAGUUUCAUUCACGAUUGACUUAGUGCCUAAAUGGUCUUGGUGCUGGAGACCCACUUGCGGUACCCCUCUUUUGUUUUAUUAUUAUUAGUGCCUAAAUUUUUAACAUACUUGAAUCACUCUGUAUACCUAAUUUAUCUUAUACAAUUAAGAUAAAAAAAUUAAAACAUAAGAUUUCCAUUCAAAGAACAAUAAUUAUAAUUAGUAUAAUUAUACACUUGUAAGUAAUCACAUCAGUUAAAAGAAUUCACUGAAUUAAUUUUGCAUUGCAUUAAAAAAAAAAAAAACCAUAAGUUCAAACUGAAUAUUUACACCCAUUUUUUUCCAAUAAAUUUGUUGGCUUAUUAAAAUGACUUUAAAUUUACAAAAUAGUAAGAAAGACGUAGUCCUUGUAACUGGAUUUGGACCUUUUCGAUUUCAUGAAGUGAACGCAAGUUGGGAAGCAGUUAAAUUAUUACAAGAUUACAAUAAUGAUAAAUUUAGUAUUAUUACCGAACAGAUACCGGUGGAAUAUCAGGCAGUUGAUAGUAAAUUGCCAAUUCUUUGGAGUAAAUUAAAUCCAAAGCUUGUCGUACACGUAGGCGUGUCUCACGUAGCUGAAAAAUUAACAUUAGAAACGAGAGCCCAUCAAACCGGAUAUGAAUCAACAGAUGUGAGCGGAAAAUUAUGUGAAGAGGGUAAAUGUUGUACUUUAAAUGAUACACCAGAUGUACUUGAAACUGGCUUGGACGUAAAUGAUAUUUGUAACAAAUUUAAUACGAAUUCAAAACAUGUUCAAGCAUGUGUUUCAAAGAACGCAGGAAGAUAUUUAUGUGAAUAUAUAUAUUUUAAAUCAUUAAGUUUUAAUAACAAAUGUACAAUAUUUAUUCAUGUACCAAUGUUAGAUCAACCAUAUACAGUUCAACAAUUAGCUGAUGCUUUAAUAUUAAUUAUAAAUAUGGUUUAUGAUCAUUUAUACAAUCAUAAUAAUUUACUGCACCAAGAAGAAAAUGAAAACAUUCAACAACACGUCUCAAAUAAAACAACAGCAGAUGAUCUUAUAGAUUUCAAUCAACAAAAUAUAGAUAUUAUUGAUAUUACAAAAAAUACAUUAUAACAGUAAUAAA